UUGUUUGAUUUUUUCUUGUGAGAAACUCGUGUUCUUAUCUGAUGUUAUGUAUUGGCUUUAAUAACUUGACUUCAUAACGUCUUACUUAUAUCACAGUGACAAUGGAUGGUCCCCUAUAUCUUCAUGGGCCAUUUAGACCAAUACCAAUGUACCAACGACCAACGCUACUGGAUACAUUAUCAUGUCGAGUUCCGGCAGCUAUGUUAAGAGAUCCUGCAUCAACAUGGAAACCCACCGAGCACGAUUCAGCCCUAGCUAAACCUGUACCCACCCUGGCACUGCCAUACAGCUUGAGUCUACUGGACCACGUUCGACGUCAACAAGCUAACUUGAAUCCAUUUAUCAACAAUUUACCCAAAACACCCCUUACCACGGUGUCUCUGACGCAAUUGCCCAGCCAGGAACGACCCUUAGUGCUAACUUCAAAUCCAGAAAUCCUGAACUCUCGUCCUGCACCCCGGGCACAGGAAAAGUCCCCUCGGGUGGACCCAAUAGGUAAUCUAGUGCGACCUCUAAGUGAUCCGUACUCGUCACAAUAUGGCUACGGUAGGAAAGUGUUUCCAUGUUCACAAUGCCGCUAUACUACGGACAGACGAAAUAAUCUCAAAAGACACAUGCUUACAAUGCACCAAGCGAGUUCAAAACUUUUAGAAUGCUGUGGAAUAUUAUUUACUACAAAAGCUUCGUUACGAGAACACGCCAUGAUAUUUCAUUACCAUGGUUACACAUGUUUUUACUGCGGGCGACGUUUCUGUCGAAAAGCGCUUCUGAAGCGACACCUUUCCGUUCACAAUGGACAAAAAGACUUCGUGUGUUCUGUCUGUGAUUAUGCUACCAGCCACAAAAGUAAUUUAGAAAGACACAGAAAAGUUCAUUUACGACAAGAUGACGGAGAAGACCAAUCAUCCUCACCUUUAUACGAAGAAAAUAAAAGUAGUGACGCCAAUAUGGCGGACAGUAGUGAUGAAUUAUCAAUAUGUUCGGAAGAUGAAGAAAUUAACGUCCACAUUGAUUAAGUGGGCGAUUUAAUAAUAAACUGUUCAGUGUAAAUGUAUUUAUUUAUGACAGAACCCAAUGACUUUUAAUAUAUUAAACUGUUAAAGUAUUAUUGUAAGUAAAGAUAUAUUACAUGUAUAACAAACAGACCCCCUUUACCCUUUUGUGUAUCUGUAAAUAUACAAAGUUCAAAAUUAGACAAGUUAGCUUCUUGCUUUAUAAAACUGUAAAAGAUAUCAUUCUGUUUCUAUCACUUUUAUUAAAAACCCGCUUAUCGUUAUAUUUUAAAUAAUGUGGUAUAUUGUUUUAUGAAGAUAUCACAAACAAAUACAGAUAAAUAUCUAUCACUAUUUCCAAAUUUUAAUCUUUAAUAACAUUUUAAAUGGUUCAAGUUUAAUCAGAAUGUGAUGGAUAUACAGUACAACCAGAUAGUAGGGUUUUUUUUAUUGUCAACGUCAUUCCCUACUUACAAUAUAAUUAUUUAAAAUUAGAGGGACAGACCCGGAUUUCACAAUUUUAAAAGCGAGUCUAUGUGUGUAACGAUAAUAUGGACUAUUUAUCAAAAUUUCAAAACAAAAAAGUUAGCCGUUUGUAAAUGGCUGAUAGAUUUCCGUAACGAGAUUAAGUAACACAUGUAGAGAUGGUUGUCCAGGCAUUGAUACAGAGGGGAGUUUGGUUUGGAGGCAUAUAGCCAACCUCACUUGAAAACUGAGCGUUUUUGUUUUUUCGAAAAAGUAGCACAGGGCAUCAGAUAGAUGCACAGGACUAGGAUAUGGGUUUAACCAGUUUUAUUAACGAAAAUAUUUCUGAUUCGGCUUCUUUAAAAUAAACAUUACAUCUUAAAAAUAUUGAUAAGAAUAUAUUUAUUUUCUUUUUAAGACUUCUUCAUUAAUGACAUUACCACAUAAUGUAAUACUUUCUUCUAGAUAGUAAGUUUGUUUAAUUGUCUAUUCUCUUUUGUCUUAAUUUUUUAAAUUGAACUCAGAACAGUUAUUAAAAUAUUUUACAGAAUAUAUGGUGAUCCAAUUUUAAUCCUAUACUUUCAUAUUGUACUCUGAUGCAAGACCCGUCCCCAUAAUCUCAGCUAUAUGUAAACCCUAUCCAAAAAAAUGUAAGUCCCAUAAUAUCAUAACAAUUUAUAGCUUUAAUAUUGCAUUAUGUAAGAGGUAAAUAUGCCUAUUGCAGGUCCUUCUUUUUGUUUUAAAUGUUAUAGAAAUGAUUAAUUAGACAUUUAUUCAUAUGGUAAGCCCAUUGUCAAAUCUCUAGAUCAUCGGAUGGUUGUGAUAUUGAACGGAUUGAAAUGCGAUCGCCAUUUUAUUUUAAAAAUUGAUACUCUAGACUAGAUUUAUUAAAUUAUCGUAACAACGGUAGCAAUGAAAAUCCAGACUACGCCAUUCUUCAAACGGCCAUAACUCCACUCAGAAUGAAGUAAAUUGACUGAAAUUUUCAACAUAUUCCAUUUUCAUUAUCUGUUUUUAAACUUUUAUAGCAAGAACUGACAACUCUUUAUUUAAAUCUUACAUAAUGCAUCUUUAAGAUAAAAAUAACUGUGAAGUGUAUUGAACAACUGUAUUUCUGGGAUUCUGAAUGCGACAAUGGUUAAAGUAAUAUGGUAUAGAUAUGUUUCAUCUGUUCUUAAUUCAUUAUUCAUAUUCAUAUAUAUCAUAUUUCUGCUAUCUUUUAUAAUAUGCCGACAUGUUUGAAACUUUGUGUUUUCUUUUUGAGAAUUUAUAAUGUUAAAUACUAUCUUAAAACAUUAUUCAUAACCAAAUAUUAUGCCAUAAAGUAAACAUUUUGGAAUUGUAAAGUGCGCACAUAUUUUGCUUUCAUAUUAAGUCUGAAAUCAACGUUUCAAAUUUAUUCUCUCAUUCCAAACCCAAUUAUAUUUUUAUUAGCACCAGUGACAUUGUUUUAUUGUAACUUUCAUAUCA